CCGGAAGUGAAAUAUCGGACGCGGGCAUUCUCCGACGCGGGCUUCUCCACAGUGAAAACAUGAAGAGCAUUAAUUGAGCUGUUGUUUACCCGGGAAUUUUCCCUGUGGUUCAUGAGAAGGUUUUCCAAUGGGAUAGGUAAAGAGACCGACGUGUCUUGCUGUAGCGCGUACCUUGGACUCGGACUUGACUGUAAAAAGCAUAGGGAUGCCGCCUGUGUCUGAAGUGGAGAUUUCAGUACCAGAGGAGGGCGCUGGUGGAUUAUCCAGGUCAGAUUGCCUUUGCCCUGUCUGCCUGGAGAUCUUCUUGGAGCCAGUGACCCUUCCCUGCACUCAUACCUUCUGCAAGUCCUGCUUUCUGGAAACGGUUGACAAGUCCAACAUGUGCUGCCCACUUUGCCGCAAGCGUGUUUCUACCUGGGCCAGACAGAAUAACAGGAAAAAUACCCUGGUGAACUUGGACCUGUGGCAACGCAUACAGAGCGCCUUUCCUGAGCAGUGCCAGAGAAGACUGAGUGGACAAGAGGAUGACUAUUCAACCAUACUGGUAGCAACACCCAAAGUGUGCCAACCUGGAGAACUGCGAAGGGAGUACGAAGACGAGGUCAGCAAGGUGGAGAAGGAGAAGCGAGCCCUGGAGGAGGCCGAGCGGAGGGCCAGUGAGGAGUACAUCCAGCGCCUGCUGGCCGAGGACGAGCAGCGGCUGGCCGAGGAGAGGACGAGGCAAGAGGAGAACCAGCAGAAGGACGAGUGGCUAGCCAGACAGAUCAGUCAGGAGCUGAACUCUGACACAAACUCUCAGGUGAACUCUCGACCUAUUGAGAUUUCCCCACCACAGAAGAAGAAACCUUCAGCCGGAGACAUACAGAAGUUUUUUGGUCCGAUCCGAAACAAAAAUGAUAAUGCUUCCGAUUCCAGUCCAACCUCAAGCAUGUUGGCGAACAAGGAGAACAUCCGGAACCUCGGACUGUCCAUGCUGUCCCCUCAGCAGAGCGGUUCCUUGGUUCCUCGUCACUCCCUGCCCACUCUGGACUACUACGGCCCGUCAGCCCACAGCAGCAGCAGCAGCAGCGGCUAUUUCCCCGACCACCUCUCCUCUUCGCCCUGCUCCCCUUCCUCCAUCUCUUCCUCGUUCUCGUCCUCCAACGACUUUGAGGUCCUGGACGUCACGAGCCCCGAAAGGAGCGCCUCGUCGUCGGCCUCGGCCAAGAGGAAGAGCCGGGCGACGGAGGAGGAGGCGGUGGACGGCGAAGGGGGCGCAGCGGCGGCGUUGACCCCCAAGCGACCCCGCGCGGCCCCCUCGAUGGCGGCGGCGGCGGUCCCAGGGCCCAGCCUGCGGCAGCAGCUGUCGCGGCAGGAGGAGGAGCUGCAGGAGCGCCGGCGGCAGGAGGAGGAGGACCGGCAGCUGGCCCUGCGGCUGCAGCGCGAGAUGGACCGCGAGGAGCGCAGCCGCGCCACCGACCGCAGCAAGAGCUCCGACGACCCGUACGCGCUGCGCCAGAAGACCCCGCGACGCUCCGCUGCCGCAGGGAGAGCCGGGGACAACGACGACGCCGAAGACGCCACACCACUGACGCCCAACGUCACCCGCUCCUCGUCAAAGGUCCAGCCGGCAGGAAGUCAGAGGCGAGCCCAGGCCGACCGGGGCAAGACGCCCAAGAGAAGGCAGUCUGCACCUCCUGCCACCGCUGCUGGGAGCUCGUCUGCCAACUCUGCUACCACCGCCACCCCCACAGCUGCUGCUAACUCUGCCGCCACCCCGCUGAAGAAGAGCAGCAAGCAGAUCACCAUCACAGACUUGUUUAACUGCAUGGGCAGAUGAGCGGUGUUGCAUGUUGGGUGGCGUGCUGUGGUAUGCUGUGCCUAUAGAACAAAAAAAAACAAAAAAAACAUGCACUCACAGGUCCAUAUCUGCAUUUCUCUCGCUCGUUCUUCGGAAUGCUCUUGUUCUGGAACUUUCUCUCAGCCUAUGAUGGAUACGGCCUUACCAGACUGAAAGCGCUCCUGCUGCUAACUUUUUAACUUUUGCUCUCGCUCUCUCUCUCUUUUGGUUAUUUUUUUAUGUCAUUAAAUCACCCCUUCCCCUUCUUACUGAAGUGGAAUGGUUGACAUAGUUCAUGAUCAUUUACACAGUGUAGAACGUUUGCCUGCUCUAGCAAAGGUUUCUUUUUUGUUUUGUUUCCUUUAGUAGAAAUAGAUGCCAUCAUAUACUACAAUGUUUAUUUUUGAUUACAAAUGAAAAAAAUAAAAGAUGAAGCUAAACUAAA